UUCGGUGGCAGCCGGGGAUGCGGAGACGGAGACCGAGGAAACGAAACUCUUUCUACCCAUUGGACACUGGCCGCGGCACGCUUCUGCGCAGUCCGCGGUGGCGUCGUAACGCCUCGGGGAAGGGGAAGCCGGCGAAGGCUCGAACCGCUGCCACUGGCUUUCAGUUUUUCUGCUGACAGGGUUGGGUCCCUGGCGCUUCGCCGUUUGACUGUGGCACGCGUACGGCCUUCCCUUUUGCUUCCCCGCCCUUGGAUCUAGCCCUGUGGGCAUUAGCGUCAAUUAUUCCACUCCGCCGCGAGUCCCCUCCGCGUCCCCGGGCACGGAGGCCGUAACUAUGGAGAAUAUGGCGGAGGAGGAGCUGCUACCCCAGGAGGAGAAGGAGGCCCAGGUCAGGGUCCCGACCCCGGCCCCGGAUUCGGCUCCGGUCCCAGCUCCGGCCGCAGAUUCGGCUCUGGACUCGGCUCCGACGCCGGACUCGGAUCCAGCCCCAGCCCUUGCCCCGGCCCCGGCUCCGGCCCUGUCCCCGUCCCUAGCCUCUGUCCCUGAGGAGGCUGAAAGCAAGAGACACAUCUCAAUUCAGAGGCGGCUUGCUGACCUGGAGAAGUUAGCUCUGGUGACUGAAGGAGAUGUUGAUUCUGCCAGUUCAUUGAACUCAGAUAAUCUGGAUUCAGAAAACAGUAAAACUUGCCCACUGUGCCCUAAAGAAAAGUUCAGAGCUUAUAGUAGUCAUAAGCUUCGUCGACACCUUCAGAAUUUACACUGGAAAAUCUCAGUUGAAUUUGAAGGCUACAGGAUGUGCAUCUGUCACUUAGCUUGUCGGCCAGUAAAACCAACCAUUGUUGGAGAACAGAUAUCCAGUAAAUUGGGUGCCCAUUAUCAUUGCAUCAUUUGUUCAGCAACAAUCACCAGAAGGACUGACAUGCUAGGACAUGUUACGCGCCAUGUGAAUAAAGGAGAAACUAAAUCCAGAUAUAUUGCUGCUUCUACUACCAAAUCAUCUAAUGAAAUUUUGAAGGAGGCAGACACAGAUAUACAAGUUUUUCCUAACUACUCAAUACCUCAGAAAACAGAUUCAUAUUUUAAUCCCAAAAUGAAACUAAAUCGUCAGAUAAUAUUCUGUACAUUGGCUGCUUUGGCUAAGGAACGAAAACCUUUGGAGUGUUUAGAUGCCUUUGGAGCCACUGGAAUAAUGGGAUUACAGUGGGCAAAACACCUUGGAAAUGCGGUCAAAGUUACAAUUAAUGACUUGAAUGAAAACUCGGUGACUUUGAUUCAGAAAAACUGCCACUUAAACAAAUUGAAAGUGGUGGUAGAGCGGGAAGAAAAGAAGGAGGGUGAUGCCCUUGAAGAAGAUGGCACUCUGGGGGGCAUCCAGGUGACCAGGAUGGAUGCCAAUGUGCUGAUGCACCUGAGAUCUUUUGAUUUCAUACACCUAGAUCCUUUUGGAACAUCAGUGAACUACCUAGACUCUGCAUUCAGAAACGUAAGAAACCUUGGCAUAGUAUCAGUGACUUCUACAGAUAUCAGUUCCUUAUAUGCCAAGGCACAGCAUGUUGCCCGGCGACACUAUGGAUGUAACAUUGUCCGAACAGAGUAUUACAAGGAGCUAGCAGCCAGAAUUGUCGUAGCUGCAGUGGCAAGAGCUGCAGCACGGUGCAAUAAAGGUAUAGAAGUGCUAUUUGCAGUGGCUCUGGAACACUUUGUGUUGGUGGUGGUGAGAGUCUUAAGAGGGCCUACUUCAGCAGAUGAGACUGCCAAGAAAGUCCAGUACCUGAUCCACUGCCAGUGGUGUGAAGAAAGGAUUUUUCAGAAGGAUGGUAAUAUGGUAGAAGAAAACCCAUAUAGACAGCUGCCUUGUAAUUGUCAUGGGAGCAUGCCUGGGAAGACAGCAAUAGAACUCGGGCCUCUGUGGUCAAGCUCCCUUUUCAAUACUGGAUUCCUCAAAAGAAUGCUAUUUGAAUCUCUUCAUCAUGGUUUGGAUGACAUUCAGCCCCUAAUAAAGACGUUAAUCUUUGAGUCAGAGUGUACUCCCCACAGUCAGUGUUCAGUGCAUGUACCUUCAGAUCCCAGCAAGCAAGAAGAAAAUGGUGUAUUUAUUAAAACUACCGAUGAUACCACAAUAGAUACUUACAGUACACAGGGGAAGAGAAAAAGUAAUGAAACCGUCAGUAACGUAGCCAAGAAGCAGAAGAGUGACGCCAGCUCUGCACAUCCUCCCUUCUAUUACAACAUCCACAGACACAGCAUUAAAGGGAUGAACAUGCCAAAGUUAAAAAAGUUUCUGUGCUGUCUUUCCCAAGCAGGCUUUCGAGUAAGCCGAACUCACUUUGACCCAAUGGGUAUUCGUACAGAUGCCCCUCUGGUGCAGUUUAAAUCCAUCCUGUUGAAGUACAGCACCCCCACUUACACUGGAGGACAAUCAGAAGGUCACAUGCAAUCAACAUCUGAUGAUACGGUAGCCGACAGGGUUGAAAUGUCAGUGAAUGACAAAGCAGAAGCCAGUGGCUGCAGGAGAUGGUAGACACGGAAAGGGACUCUUCUCAGCAUCUGUAUGAUGGCACGGUGGCUGUGUACCGCCCACCUGUAUUUAAAAAGCACUGUUUUCAUCCAGAAAAUUGGCUUUUUCUGACUUGGCUGGUGUGAGAGCUUUGCUUUUUAAGUUUUUAUUAUUUUAAAGAAAAAAAUUUAAUAAAAAUAUUUCAUGAUGAAACCAA